ACUCGCCUACCCCCAAAUCUUGCGUGAACAUGCAGCUGGCUGGUAUGUGAAUAGCGUAGAAAUAGUUAGAGUGCAGAUCAAAAGAAACCAAAAGAUAGAGACCCCUAAAAGUUUAAACCAUUACAAAAACUUAAAAUUUAGAGUUGGUAUUGGGAUUUACGAAUCUAAUUUUCUAGUAUAUCACCAUGGAAUUCGUGGCACCAUUGAUGAUGUACGCACGUAGAACUGUUGAAGAGUGUAAGAGUGCAGAGAAGAGUACUGUAAGAUGAUGCUUGCACUCCGUUAAUUACAUGUUUGAAUUUUUUGCAAUUUGCUAUCUUCUUCGUUGUUUCUCCCACUUUCUUAGCAGGAUCUCAGUCAAUCUUCUGCUCAUAAUUUUGCACUGCAGGAUUGUGUCAGCAGAAACAAAUUCUGGAGAUUUGGCUGUGUUGAAACAUCUCAAAACACAAUGGCAAAACACGCCGCCCAACUGGGUCAGGCAUGAUCCAUGUGGUAGAAGAUGGGAUGGCAUUUUCUGCAAUGGCCCGCGUGUGACUGCUAUCUUAUUAUCAGGCAUAAAUCUGAUAGGUUCACUGCCGGAAGAAAUCAUGUUAUUCUCUGAGCUGAAGCAGCUAGAUCUAUCAGACAACAAAGGGUUGCAUGGCCCACUUCCAUUGAAUUUUGGCAGGCUGAAGAAUUUAGCACGGCUUGUUCUUUCAGGUUGUAAUUUUUCUGGCCCAAUUCCUGAAUCAAUUGGAUCUCUCCUCCAACUUGAGCGUUUGUUUCUCAAUUCAAAUAACUUCAGUGGACCGAUACCACAUUCCAUUGGUAAUCUCCAAAAUCUCAUAUGGCUUGAUCUAACUGAGAACCAGCUGGAUGGAAAUAUACCAGUUUCCAACAAAACUAUGCCUGGCCUGGAUAACCUGUCUAAAGCCGAGCACUUUCAUCUUGGACAGAACAAGCUCUCUGGUGAAAUCCCACUUGGACUUUUCCGCUCAGAUAUGGCUUUGAGGCAUCUUAUUUUAAAUGACAACCUGCUGAAUGGAAAUAUUCCAGAAACAUUAGGACUUGUGGAGGCUCUAGAAGUCAUACGCUUGGACAGGAACUCACUUAGUGGCUUGGUUCCGCGGAGUUUGAAAUUUCUCAUAAACGUGAGUGAGCUCUACUUAUCAAACAACAACUUGAGUGGUCCAAUCCCUAAUCUUUUUGGAAUGAUUCGCCUUACAUAUAUAGAUCUUAGUAAUAAUAAUUUUGACGCGUCAAAUAUUCCUCUGUGGUUCACCACUUCUCCAUAUUUAACUACAAUAAGGAUGGAAAAUACUAGCUUAACCGGCCAAGUACCGGUAGCAUUGUUCAACCAAUCCAAUCUGCAAAUGGUGUUACUAAGAAACAAUAGACUCAAUGGCACUGUUGAUAUUCGGAUCAGACCUGGCAGCAAUCUCCACCUUAUAGAUUUGCGAAAUAAUUUCAUUGAUGAAUUUAUUUCAGAAGACUUCAGUCAUAGAACUCACAACAUUCUACUCGAUGAUAAUCCGUUCUGCGACAGGGCAGAGGGAAGGGGAAUUUGCAUGAAUGUCAAACCAUUAGAUAAUUCAAAGUUCAUACCCGAAGUUAAUUGUGUUUCUCUAUCUUGCUAUAGCGACUUUACAGGAUCGGAUUGUAGACGUCCGUAUCUCGGUCGCCUGGCCUUUCUAUCAUUUAACUUCUCAAAUCUGGAGAACUUGACCUACUACAACUUUUUGGAUGGCAAUCUAAAGAAUGAUAUUAACAAUCAGUCCCUCCUUGUAACAAAAAUAUGUUUGGCUAGUUCAAUGGUAGAAACUAAAAAUGAUUAUCUUGUGUUGGAAAUAGCAUAUUUCCCUCCUGCUGGCAUUCAUUUUGAUCGAACAGUAAUUUCGAGAAUUGGGAAUAUCCUGAACGACCAUAUUUUUGAAACACCAUAUGGGCCUUAUCACUUCUUUCCGGUUCCUUACAACUUUUCAGAAGAACGAAGCCAUCAUAUCUCUCUCAUUAUUGGGCUCUCUACAUUCGGAUUUGUGCUUAUUGUACUAAUAAUUUUUGCCGGAGCAUAUGCCUAUCGUCAAAGAAAGAUAGCUCGAAAAGUGUAUAGAUUAAACAAUCCUUUCUCAUCCUGGAGUCAUGGUGACCUUCCUCAAUUGAAUGGAAUUAGAUGUUUCUCAUUUGAAGAUGUCAAACAGUGUACCAAUAACUUUACACACUUAAAUGAGAUUGGAGUUGGAGGUUAUGGGAAGGUUUAUAAGGGAAAACUUGACAAUGGACAAUUAGUUGCGAUCAAAAAAGCUCAGGAAGGCUCAUUACAGGGUGCCAUUGAGUUCAAAACUGAGAUUGAGCUUUUGUCAAGGGUUCACCACAAAAAUAUAGUCAAUUUAGUUGGCUUCUGUUACGAUAAAGGAGAACAGAUGCUGAUUUAUGAAUAUGUUCGAAAUGGCAGCCUAAGGGCAAGUCUUUCAGGUCCGACCCCAACGAGACAGCUCCCUCUUUCCAGGGAUUGGGUGGAUAUUUGGAUUGUGAUUAGCUGCUGGAGAUCUGGAGUGAGAUUGAAGUGGACGAGGAGAUUAAAGGUUUCCCUUGGGGCAGCCAGAGGUCUGGCGUAUAUGCAUGAGUUUGCUGAGCCACCCAUCAUACACAGGGACAUUAAAUCAGAAAAUAUACUUCUUGAUGGUCAUUUGAAUGCCAAAGUGGGCGAUUUUGGUUUGUCCAAGCCUUUUAGUAAUGAUCGAGAUCAUCUUACUUCUUAUAUUAAGGGAACAGUGGGAUACUUGGAUCCUGAAUACUUAAUCACCCAACGGCUAACUGAAAAGAGUGACGUCUAUAGCUUUGGAGUGGUGAUGUUGGAGUUGGUAAGUGGAAGAUUGCCCAUAGAGAACAAGGUGUACAUUGUAAGAGAGGUUAAGGCCACUAUGGACGAGACAGGGUACAUUUACAACCUUGUAGACCCUGAAAUUCGUUCUGGCAAUCUAAUUGGCGUGGAAGAAUUCAUAGAAUUGGCACUGAAGUGUGUUGAGGACUCAGGACACAAGCGGCCUACAAUGGGAGAAGUGGUGAAAGAAUUAGAGAGUAUUAUUCAGGCAGGUAAAAAUAACCUGAAAGCUGUUUUAAGUUCUUAUGAAGGAACAAGCGAAGGCAGUACAAGUUACAGCAACAGCUGCCUCUCGGAAAACAGAGGAAGUUGUCCUUUGUUAAGAUGAGAGCUUGUUUGGGUAUAUGUGAUGUUUGAGACCUUUUCAGCUCGACUCUGGCAUAUCUUCUUAUUUGGGCUUGGCUUGUUCUUCUGUCUUAUUUUUUGCGUGGCGUUUGCCACUGAAUUCAAUCACUUGGAAUGUACUUGGAGAGCGUUAUCUUACAUGUAUGAAGUAUGAUGAACUGGUUGUAAUGUGGGACGAUGGAUAAUAUGUUCUUGACAGAACAAGAACACUUUUCUCACACACCAGCCAAAAUUUGAAGAUGUGAAGUGGAUCAGAUAUGAUGGAAAGCAACUGUUUAAUUUAGACAGCGCUAUAUAAUGUUAUGUUGGCCACUGGAAAAUUUAUUAUAAUGUUUUGAGGUAUUCAUUUCUGCUAAUCUAAUUACUAUCCAUCUGACCUGGUGGUUAUUUCUUUUCAAGAUUAACUUCCAGAGAUAUAGAAACGAACCUAAUUAGAUGAACUUCCUCUAUUUAUUCAAUAGAACCACUGUUUGGUUGUAGCUUGUAGACUGUUCUUAGUAUUAAGAGUACUCAUUUCUGAA